AUGGUGCAGGGUAUUGGCUCUAACCCCAGUUGUGUUUGGGGCAGCAUUCAUGGAGCUAUCCCUCUUAUUAAAUCAAAGAUUGUUAAAAAAGUGGGCAAUGUUGACUCUAUCUCGAUUUGGGAUGAUGCCUGGCUUCUUGAUGUAGAUAUCCCGAAGAGUCUGGAGGAUUGUUGGCUUUGGUUAGAGGAUAAAAGUGAAUAUCUUGUGGGAAUUGAAUAUUCCUCCAAAAAUCAAAAAUUUGCUAUGGAGGAGGCCAAUGAUUGCAUCCCAAUUAGAUCUCGUUUUCAGGCUAGACGUUUAGAGGUGACAGAUUCAUGUCCUGUUUGUGGUCUCCCUGCUGAGUUCCUUCUGCAUCUGUUAGUUGAUUGUUCUUUCGCAAGGGAUUGUUGGUCUUGUUCUGUACCAGGUGUGGUGGAUAUAGUUGAUCUUCAAAUGGAUGUCUCUUUUCAAGAUUGGCUCCUUAAUACUGUCCGGGUCUUGACAGCUUCUUACUUGGAAUUUUUUUUCUUAGUCACGUGGAUAAUUUGGCGAAACAGGAAUCAGGUGCUCUGGACUUGGGUGCGCUCAUCUAUUCAUCAUCUUCUCAGUUCAUCGAAGGAUUGGUUCAUGGCGUGGCAAGCUGCACAGCUUCGUCGAUCUUCACAGGUUAAGCAUGGCCCCCAUGUUUCAACGGUUUGGUCUUUACCAUCUGCUGGUUACUUCAAGUGCAACUUUGAUGCAGCUUUGCGUCCCAAUAGUUCACAGAUGGGUGCGGGUUGGGUGUUGCGUGAUGCUGAUGGCCUACUCCUACACACAUGUCAAGUUCUGAUUCGAGGUUCCUACUGUCCUCAAGUGGCGGAGACGCUGUCAUUCAGGGAAGCCCUCAACUGGAUAAAGGGUAAAUCCUGUGCUAAUGUGGUCUUUGAAUCGGAUUCACAGCUUUUAGUGCAGGCUAAGCAAAGAAGGGCUGUUGAAAAUUCUUAUUUUAUGAGCAUUGUCUUAGACUGUAGAUUGCUUUACAAGAACUAG